AUGCCAGCCCGACGCACAGUUGGAUCUUUGUUCCGUUGUUGCAUGCUGCCGUUGGCAGACUACAGCCCGAAUGCGAGCAGCAAUGGGCGAGUCAUGCGAGCUUGGGAGCCUUGGCUAGUCUCGACCCUUUCUCUGCCGAGGAUGUCUUGCUGCAACCUUCUAAUGUGUUCCACAGCCCGCCAGCUUUUUGCAAAGCGCUACGCCGGGCCAUCACUGUUGCUCUCCACCUUGUCCGCGAUGCUUCGGGUGCCAGUCCCUCCAGCCAGACGCUGGCGUCCCCAGCUCUCGCCCGUGCUUGGAAAGUGUGAUUGUUUCUGCCUCGCAUGCUCUUGCUCCGACCAGCACAAUCACCCAGGGUUCGCAGCAUUUUUCCAAGGCGACUGGGGCAGCUUGUUGCAUGCCGCCCUCGACGAGGCUGGUGCGGUCGGCCUGCAACCCAGUGAUGACACCACAGCGGAACCGAAGCGGACAGAAGCAGAACCAGAGACGAUAACUGGGACCGGGGAGGAGCCAGGGUAUCCUCAUGCACCAGUUGCGCUUGAUCGAGCUGCCCUGCUCACCAACCUGCGCCGCGCGCGCAAACGCUCCGCACCAGGGCCCAGUGCAUUUGCGGGCGACAUGCUCCGCCUCAUUCUGGAUGACGAGGAGGCCACGCUUGCGUUUGGGGAUGUUGCAACCCUGUUUCGAUCGUCGCAGCAAUCCACCUGGGACGAUUGGUUGCCCUUCGCAAGCCCUCUGGGGGCGCCCAUGGGCGCCCGCGGGCUAGUCGUCGGCGACCUGCUGCGGAGGCUUGUCGCUCGCACCUUGGCUCAACAAUUCUCGAAACAGCUUGAUGCAGCUUGCCACCAGUAUGCACUGUCGACGAGGACAGGAGCGGAGGCGCUCCUCCAAGGCUCGCAGCCCGCAGUCGAUACUACGCUCGUGUCCCCUUUGACCUCUGCUGGUGCCCCCCGCAGGGCAGCUGGUCGCACUGCCGGCGCUGCACUUGCACUCGCGCGCAAAGCCAAGGAGCGCACCUACCCUGAGCUCCGACAGUCUGCCCGAUGCAAGCUCGUCGUUCUCGCUCUCGAGCUCGGCGGCCGCUGGAGCACUGAAGCUGCCACCUUUGUCAAACUCCUUGCGCGCCUCCGCGCGAUGGCCGUGCCUGCCUCCUCUCGCGGUCCCAGCAUUUCUGCAUUUGCAUCAUUUGCCUCUCGCUGGUCAGCCGUGCUUUCCUUUGCGGCUGCCCGGGCCUUUGCAGCAAGCCUCCUCUCCUUGCCCCUUGGCGGCACUGCCAAUGUCGAUGGCGAGUCUCCACUGCUGAGCGACAUCCUCGCUGACUCUUCCCUUGAGCCGCCCCUUGCAAGCCGCAUGCCCUAG